AUGGCCCAGCAUCCCUUGACUCCCAAUGGCCGAAAGGCUGGAUCUGCGGGUGAUACUGCUCUGGCUUUCUGGAAAGAUCAUUUGAGUUGGUGGCACGACUGGACACCAGCUCCCUCAAGCCCCAAAGGCGCUGGCCUUGUUCCCGUCUCUAUGCUUUGGGGUGGUGGCAACAAUGGGCCACAUGACGCCCAGAGACUGCAACAGUUUCAACAGCUCACUACCACGCCAGCCUACGUUAUGGGCUUCAACGAGCCAGACUGCUCUGGAGCCGACAUUUCUGCCGACAUCGACGUCAACAGAGGAGUUAGCUUGUGGAAUAGCUUGAUUGCUCCGAUGGGCCAGAAAGGAGCUCUGCUAGGCAGCCCAGCCAUGUGUCGCCAGAAAGACGAGUCGUGGCUCAAGCAGUUCAACCAGCAGUCGCUCGCCAGAAGCUGGGACUUUACCUCUAUUCACAUCUUCAAGCCGGACAUGGCGGGCGUGCAAGCCGACAUUGACUACUACUGGAACACGUACCAGAAGCCCAUCUGGGUGACGGAGUUUGCCUGCGUCUUUGACCAAAACAACUUUACGCCUUGCACGGAUCAGAACCAGAUCAACCAGUGGAUCAGCGACAUUGUAGAUUUGUUCGAGGCCAACCCGCAUAUUCUUGCGUACGCAUAUACUGAUGGUCUUGGCUUGGGAACUGCUUGGCCUCCCGUGAAGAGCGAUGGAUCUCUGUCUCAGUCGGGCCAGGCGUAUCUGAAUGCCAUCAGCAGAUACCACUAA